CAUGUUUUUUAUUCGAAAGGCCAUACGAUCCCUCCGCAUUCUCAGCCGGACUGUCCUCCUCCUUCUCCGGAGCAAGCGACACAGUGAUGGGGGUGUGUAUCUGAAAUAGAUCCAACCCGUAUGUGUGUGUGUGUGUUUUUAAACAAUUCCUGCCGCUUGAGCACUCCCCGCAGCAAGCAAUCACAACGAGAGCAACGGACAUAUAUACUCGCACAGGAAACAACUGGGGAAAUUAUCAAAAGCUGUGGAUAUUUAUAACUCAUCAACGUGUAUCGCUUCCUCCUGAGUUCAUUCGACACGAAGGAUUUGGAAUAUCAGCUGAUUUCUACCUAGCCGGCAGACAUGGCGUCCCUCCAGGGCAGUGUCCACCAUGUCUCUGUCCGUAAGGCCGUCGCGCCGGAUCACCUCGUCCUCCAUCAGUAGGAGCCAGUCGUUCGCUGGAGUGAACUCAUCAGAUAAGCACUACAGGAAUCGGGCCGUGUUCAGCACCCUGACCAACUCCAGGAAGUCUCCCUCCAGGGCCAGCAGGAUGUUCGCCCUCUCCCACAAGUCCAUGCCGCCCAAGGUUCCUCAGCCGGAGCGGCUGGACGAGGUCUACGAAGCGCUCAAGAGGGGCCUACAAGCGUACCUGCAGGUCCAUCAGCUUGAGCUGGACAGCCUGACCCGACAGAUGAGAGAGUCCAAGAGGAACUCCAGACUGGGCUUCCUGUAUGAAUUGGACAAGCAAGUGAAAGCCAUUGAGAGGUUCAUGCGGCGGCUGGAGUUUCACCUGAGCAAGAUUGACGAGCUGUACGAGUCCUACUGCAUGCACCGGAGACUGCGGGAUGGAGCCAAUAAGAUGGUGAAGGCUUACACUGCGGGCUCGCCCGGCAGCAGAGAGGCACGAGAGAGCCUGGCAGAGGCCAACAAGGGCUACAAGGAGUACACUGAGAAUAUGUGCAUGCUGGAGAGUGAGCUGGAGAACCAGCUGGGAGAGUUCCAGGUGAAGAUGAAAGGACUGGCUGGUUUUGCGAGGCUGUGUGCUGGGGACCAGUAUGAGAUCUUCAUGAAGUACGGCCGGCAGCGCUGGAAGCUGCGGGGCCGGAUCGAGAUCAAUGGGAAGCAGGUGUGGGACAGCGAGGAGAUGGUCUUCCUGCCCCUCAUCACAGAGUUCCUCUCCAUCAAGGUAACAGAGUUGAAGAGCCUGGCCAAUCACGUGGUAGUGGGGAACGUGUGCUGUGAGACGAAGGAUCUGUUCGCCGCGCUCCCCCAGACAGUAGCAGUGGAUAUCAACGACCUCGGAACAAUCAAACUCAGCCUGGAGGUGACAUGGAACCCAUUCGAUAAGGACGACCAGUCUUCCACGACCAGCACUGUCAAUAAGUCCUCCACUGUGAACAAGAGAUUCUCCACCUACAAUCAGAGCCCACCGGACACACCUUCCCUCCGGGAGCAAGCUUUCUAUAACCCUCCCCAAGCCACUACAGAGCAGCACAGAUGGUCCUUAUUGGAUGUUUUCCGAGAGACUUUGGUUGAAAAGCUGUCUCAGAGUUGCUCGUGUGGCGAUGUCACAUCCAGCUGUCUAGGAGUUGCUCGUGAUACCAAGCUCUAUAACAUGCUACGCCGGCAGGAGGAGAUGGAGAACCCCGCUGCCUGGUCCAACUCCUCGGAGUCCUCGGACGACUCGUCCAGCCCACAGCUCUCCGUCAACCAGCGGCACGCCCAGAAGACCGUGGUCCAGCCCGAGAUCCAGGCUGAAGCCCCUGUCAUUGAGAUCUCCUUCGCCCCCAAGGAGGAGCCUGUGACCACCGGUGAUCCAGCCAGCCAGGAGGAGGAGCUGUGUGAGGAGGACAGGGAGAAAAUCGAGGAGGUGGUGUCCAACGGGCACGUGCGCUACUCGCGGUCUCUCAGCCACAUCAGCGAAGCCAGUGCGGACGCUGCCAUUGUAGAGAGCGUAACCACGGAGACUGUUGCCAGGGAGGCUGCUGCCACAGAGACUUUUCCCACGGACACUGUUGCAGAGGCUACUGUCUCUUUUGAUGCCAUGUCAGUGGAUGAUGUCAUCAUGGAGGUUCCUUCCACACCUGAAAGUGUGGUGAAAACCCCAGACCUAAAAGAACAGGAAACCCAGCAAGGGGCCAUGGACUCUCAAAGCGCAGUGAGCAGUAAGCCCAAGGACGAUGGGGAUGUGACUAGGAACUCAGUUGUGGUGGUAGCCCAACUGCUGGAAACCACAACCCAGUCCAUGGACCAACUUUCUUCCCCAGCCCUCACAGAGGCGGGUGUUGUGACAGAGGAUUUGGCUGCGGCCCCUAGGACUGGACAGCGGCAGAGCCAGCAGGGGGCCUCGGAGGUUGAGAGGCCAGCACAGGAGGCUCCGAGGCAAGGCCAGGCAGAGGACACUCGGGCAGCGCUUAGUGAGAAAGCCAAGCCAGUGGACAGCGGGGUCGAGGAGGCCCUAAACUCACUGAUUUCCAUGCUGGAUGACUACAGAGGCCAGUUCCCUGAGCUCCAGCUGCUGGAGCAGGAGACGAGACACCUGGAGGAGAUCCUCGUGCAGAGGCAGGGCCUGUGUCGGAGCCGGUCCUCCAGCAUCAGCCUGACGGUGGAGCACGCACUCGAGAGCUUCGACUUCCUCAACACCCACGACCAGGAGGACAGCGUGUCGGGGAGCUCUGACGAGGAGAGAGAGGGGGAGCAGCAGCAGGAGGAGGAGGAGGAGGAGGGGGAUGCAAGCAGACCAGACAGCUUGCAGCAGGGCAGCAGCGUGCCGGGGGAGGUGCUGUCGGAGGAGAUCUGGCUCCUUGGGGACUCUGAAGUGUCUCCUGAUCCUAUGAGCACAGGCAGCGAGCACCUGGACCGGGCCCUGGUGGUGCACCUGGACAACUGCAGCCACCUGCUGCUGCAACUGGGUACAUUCGGGCCGCUGCGGUGCCGGGAGAUGUAUGCUCUGGACAAGCUGCUGAGGGAGGCCCGAGUCCUGGGGCUGGUGUGCAAAGUGAGCGAGGAGAAAAGCGGGGUUGUGAACUCUGCUGAGGAGGUAUUGCCGUUCUUGGAAUCCAAGCACAAAGCCCUGGCGUUCUGGAGCCAGUGCACAGAGUCUGUGAACGUGUACACCACGACCGCAGAGAGGUUCCUGCAGAGCCUGCACUCAGUCUUCAGCGCCAGACUCCAGGACCAGCACUCCAGCAGAGCAGACACAGUGUUUUUGAAGCUAGCCGAGCGAGUGCUGGAGAAGAGGCUGCCUAAGCGAGGGUGCAGCGGGAGGCAGGAGCUCAUUACCCUCUUCCAGUACUGGAGCCACCUGGAGGACGAGGGUGUGUCCGCUCUGGACACCUACAUCACUGAACUGGCUGAGCAAGUGUCCCUGAUUCAGAGCCUGCAGUCUGGGGACCAGGACGCUGUGCUCAAGACACUGAAGCGAGUCCCAGAGACCCAGCUGCAGAAGGAGGGUCUGCGAGCGAUCAGCCUACUGCUGCUUGACAAGAGGAUCAAGGUCAGCAAUGCUGCCUUGGCACUGCUGCGGAGCCUGGCAGACAGCCCCAAAUCCAGGGAGAGGGCUCUGGUAUCCUGCUUGGAACUACUUGAGGAUGAGAGUGUGGAGACCCGAGUAGCAGGCUGCAAGGCUCUCUUGUGUCUUAAGGCCAAAGAGAGCAUAGACCAGCUAGUGUACCUGUACCAGACGGACAAGGAUGAUGUGAGAGAGGCAGCAAAACAGGCCCUGCUGUCCUUCGGUGACGAGGGGAAGCUCGCUCAACGCCAUGCAGAAGACUCUCAGGACGGCUUGCCCAGGCUCUUUGCCCCAGGCAGCAUGGCCAGCACAGCGUUCUAGCGGAGCGAGCCACACAGAGGAACCCAUCCUUCCAUUUGAAAGAACAGCGGAGCAGAUUGGACGGGACUCGCUGUCUGGCUGAGGGAGUGUCGGAGCAGGGGCAGCACGAGUCAGACACAGAGAGAGAGAAAGCAAGCCAGUAUUACUGCCUUAUAUUGCAGUCCAGCUUCAUCUUCCAAAGCAAGGGGACAGUUGUGUUUUUUUUUUUUUUAGCGCUUGACUGAUUGGAACAUCACAGGGCUGUGCUUUAUGACACACAAGGAUUAUGAGCCAGUGAGGGCUACAGAGAGGGUUUGGGGGGCGGGGCUAAAGGACUUUUCUGCUAGAAGUGCACUUUCAACUUUUGAUCUGCUUAUGACCAGGAUUGGUGGCUUCUGAGCAUGGAGAAUCGCAGCUGGUGUGUAUGUGUGUGCGCGUGUGUGAGUGCUUGUGGGCAGACAGCCACACUGACGAGACUUUGAAGCGCUUAAAGAGAUGCUUCAACCGGGGGAGCAUUUCUCAAAGUGGGGUGAAAUCCUUAAAAACAUUGAACUUGUCUUUUAUUUACAAAGGGGGGCAGGCAGUACCGGCGAUGUCUAGUUUGUGCAAUUCACAAAAAUGUACAGUGAUCCCCCUCCAUUCAUUUGAAAACACUGCUGUUACACUUGCCUAUAAUCUCUGAUCCAACUAACACGCUGCAUAUUCUCACCAGUGCUUUUCCAAACCUUAUUCUGCUAUCCUAAUUUGAAAAUGUUACGAGAUGACGAAGUGGGGGAGGGGUGCACAUAGGGAAUCCAAAUAAUUUGGAGUACAGAACUUUUCAUGUUGUUGCUAGAACAUUUGUCAGAAUGUAUUGUAUCAAGAGCACGUUCGCAGCGAGGCAAUGUGAUGAUAAUGCACGUCUAUAAUGGAAUUGCAUGCUGUUGUGCUUUUAUCAGUGUGGCUGAAUCUGUGACUGGUUAAGCCAUCCGUAUCUUCAAACAUUCAUCAAGUCCUGCAGUAAAACCCAAGUCUACAAACAUUUCACGCCUCUCAGACAAAGCUGUUGGUGUAGAAAACAAUGAUGUCAAGUGCUGGUGAAACGGCAGUGAUCCUGGGGGGGGGGACCACGCGCCCAGCCUCUGCCUGAAGGGUAACAGCAGACCAACAAGCUGAGGAACAGCUGAGAGGAAGAGGAAAGGGUGCAGCUCACUGGUUCAACCCUGUCCAUGAUUCCUAAUAAAGAAUGAAUUGCUUCCCGUUUGGAGGGAGUGCCCUUCGUUACAGGAUAUUAACCAGGUCGGGAAUGGGACCUGACAGCAUUAUAUUUUUGAACCAGUGUUGCAAAUGCCGUUGGAACGCUCCGUUCAUUCCACUUGUCUGUUCCACUGUUGGACUUUAGUUAGGUAAUGGAAGCCACUUCUAUCCAAGUGCCUCAUAUUACAAUGUAGAAUCUUUUAUUGUAAAGAUUAAAUAAAAGAAGAAAAAGAUUAUACAUUUUAUUUAAAAUAUGAAGGACUUCAGCUGCAUAGGCUUCAGAAGACUGCAGUGAAAUGUCACUAUAUUGUUUUAUUUUCCAGUUAUUUACAGAUUGUGUAGGAUUAAAGAAAGAUGUAAUAAUUUCACUUUUAUUUGUAAUUUUUGUUUUUCUAUAAGAUAUAUAUUGUAUGGAAAAGGUCUUGCUCAAACCGGAAUAUAAACUAAAUAAUAAAAAAACAGAAGAUUUGACAAUUUA